AUAAUAUGAUUAUGUUAUUAUUCCUUUAUUAUUUAUACCCUGCCCAUCUGGCUGGGUUUCCCCAUACUAUGUGAAUGACCUACGUUUAGACUCUCAAACUGUGCUCCAGAACAUUUUCCUUAUUAUUUAGAAACUAUGUCUUGCUUUUCAAAUUCACUGCUACAGAAUUGCGACGUGCACCUGUAUAAAUUCUCCCCUCCCAGCUAGAUGAAUUGAACUUUUCAACUCCAGGCAGGGCUGUAUUCAGCGAGCUUUAUGUAGUGCAAACUUAACUGUGCUGAGUUAACGUUACAGCUUGGAAAGAGGAAUGUAGGUGGAUCAGAUCAUGGUCAAGAUGGCAAGCAGCACCCUAUAUAUUCAAAGGUGAAUGGAACUGAAUGUCUGAUCUUGAACAGUGCACUGAUUUCCUUUCUACCAAGACAGCCCCUUGCUCUUUGUGAAUAGAAUGUGAACUUUACCUCUAGGGGAUUGUUCUUAAACUGCAGUCUCACCAAGUUGACUCAGAGUUGUCUGUCAAAUGCUGGCAGGGGCCUGGCAGCAAACCCACCAAGCUCUCAAGAGAUCAGACAGACUAAAUGGGGGCUUUGUAAGGUUUCCUACGAGCCUCUGGGCUAAAGCAUCCAGUGAGAACUGGAAAACGUGGCAGAACUUUUAAAACAUUUGUUCUUAUGUAUUAAAACCUUUAUACCCCGCCCUUCUGGUGCAAAGCACCUCUCAGAGCAUCUUGCAACAACAAUUAAAAUUACAACUUUAGAGUGUUUAAUUGGUAGCUAUUUAAAGUCAGGCAUACAACCCAAGGGCUUCUGGGUAAUAUACUGUAGCAGCCGUGCCAAAAACGCACAGCUGAGGUUAAGCAGGGACACUGAGGGAUUUGGAAUAUGUUGGCUGUGUACUAGAGUUUACAAAAAGUUACAAAGGAUUUUAGUUAAGUGUGUAGCAAAGAUGGUGAACCUUAGAUCCAGGGGCUAAAUGUGGCCCUCCAAGCCUUUUGAUCCAACCCUCAGGAUUCUCCUCAGAUCUGACCCCCUCACCAGUGACACAUUCUAUUGGGCCUGCCUUACACUAUCCUUGAUAGUGUUUUGCCUGGCUGGAAUGUGCUCUUGAACUCUGAAUGCCUCAGGCUUGUGUGGAUGGAGGAUUAAGUGUGUGUGUGUGUGUGUAGAAACAAGGCUAUUGCACAGGCAUAACAUUUACCCCAAUUGCUCUGUCCACUUUUGCCUCUGCCUUGCCCACUUCUGGCAUGUGGCUCCUGGAAGGUUUCCCAGAAGGGAAAGUGGCCCUCGAGCCAAGACGAAGGUUCCCCAACCUAGUACAAAGCACCAGAGCAAUGUAAUGGAGUGCAUUUCUAGUGCUGGCAUAAAGAAUUAUGGGUAAUGUGUAACACUGAGGCUGGGCAGACCCCGUGGGAUUUUGGGAGGCAAAGGCACCAUACUCCCUCAGCAUACCUCCCUGUUUGAUCUGUGGCUGUUGCAGUGCUCAGCUCAGGACAAAGCAAUGCAGAAUCUUGCAUUUGGGUUUGGAGUUAUCUGCCUGGAACAAGGACGAUUAUCAAGCAGGGCAGAUGGGGAAUCUUUGGGGAUAAGAUCAAGAGGCUUAUAUCAGGGAUACAUGGGAACAGAGAACAAACUGCAUUUUAAUUACAGCUGUGAUAAAAGCAGAAGGCAGCGGGGCGGGGGGGAAUUCAGCCCCUGCUUUUGGUCAAAUCCAGCUUUUGACGGCUGAAACUGCAUUGGUGACUUCAGUUUGUGUGUGUGUGUGUGUGUGUGCGUGUGUGUUCCCUUUCAGCUCAGCCAAAUGCCAGCUUGUUCAGCACUCCCAAGAAACCGUAGGAUGGGUUAUAGUUUUUAAGCAAUUUGGACUGGUGGUAGAUAAGUGCCUGUCACAUAGGGCCCAAAUGAGAGGACACACCAUUUACACAAUUGGUAGUUCUGUGAAUAGCUUUUGGGGAGGAAAUAUAUAUAUUUCAGGUAAAUGUAAAGGUAAAGGGACCCCUUACCAUUAGGUCCAGUCGUGACCGACUCUGGGGUUGCAGCACUCAUCUCGCGUUACCAUUGGCCGAGGGAGCCGGCGUACAGCUUCCGGGUCAUGUGGCCAGCAUGACUAAGCCGCUUCUGGCAAACCAAAGCAGUGCACGGAAACGCCGUUUACCUUCCCGCCAGAGCAGUACCUAUUUAUCUACUUUACUUUGACGUGCUUUCGAACUGCUAGGUUGGCAGGAGCUGGGACCGAGCAAUGGGAGCUCACCCCGUCGCGGGGAUUCGAACCGCCGACCUUUGGAUCGGCAAGCCCUAGGCUCUGUGGUUUAACCCACAGCGCGAACCUGCUCCUGGCAUGGAUGGGUGGGAUAGAGUGGUUUUAACUCAUUGCCCUCUGCAGAAGUGUGGAUUGAGGUUGAGUCUCACAUACCGUACCUUUGGAUACACAGAGCAGGUGGCAUGGGAAUCUGCUGCCUGAGGCAGACAUCUCACUCUACCUAAUGGUUGGGCCAGCACUGCAGACUUGCUCAGUAGAAAUGCCAUUUUUCCACCUGCCCCUUUCUUGCUGUGCUUCAAAUUGCAGCCUGAUGAUGUGCAGAUUAGCAGAUGGCAGUGUUUAUCUCCCUGCUGUGAAAAGCUUCUCCUGCUGAUUUCUGCACAUCUGCCACUACAACAAGCCCAAGAGCAGGCCAGAAUGAUUUGGGGUUAGUUUGGUUUGGGGAGGGGUUGUUUCUGGUCAGCUGGGAAUCCUACUUCUUAGUGUCAGAGGUGGCACCUUCAGGAAGUUCCCUAAAUUCUUGAUUUUGGUAUGCCGCAUACCCUUGGUAUACAGAGUUAAGUGUUGUAGAAAAAGGAUUGUUUUGGUGCAGAAUGUGCAUUUUCUGCUGCCUAUCAUGGGCAAAGGGGACUCAACUGGGUAAGAGGCUUAAUCUAGGAUGUACCAGUGUGGAGAAGGACAAUGAUUUCACCCUGCUGGGCCUGGGCCUUUGAUGGAGGCCAACCUGGCCAACUCCUAGGCAUAUCCCUCCCUGUGUAGAACUGUGCUUUGUGGAGCUAAAUGAGCAUAGCUGGAAUAGCUAUAACUCGGUUUUCUUCAUCUCCGCCUCUUCCCAGUAGCAGUAUUUCCUCCUCCUCUCCUUAUUGUACUCCUUGGCGCCUCCUACUGGGCAAAGUGUCUCUUGCAGAGCUCUCUCUCAAUCCAUCACCUCCUACUGUUGUUGUCCUCUAGCUGUCUAGCAGGUUAACAUGGAGCGAGAAUUGUUUUGACCCAAGUCACAAUUGUGCUAUUGUUUUGCAUCAGGCAGGGGGCCAUUCAGGAAUGAGGCUGGCGGCGAAAGCUGCCAGGAACUCUUUAUGCCACAAUUAAGCACCUGCUACGAAAGGAGUAAAAUAAGCCAAAUCAUGCGGCUGGCAAGCGAGCUUUUUAUGCGUCCCUUCCCCCGUGACCCUGCCGGAGAAGGAAGCUAAAACCUGCGUCUCGGCUGCCUGCAGAUUUCAUUCCAGCCCAAUGCAGGGAAAUAAACAGCUUUGUGCUUGAAGCCGGUGGCCUCGUUGCUCGCUCUUGAGGUCCCCGCGGGCUUGGCUGGGGAGCCGGCAUUCUUAAACACAACACAACCCUCCAGGACCCCCCACCCACCCUCAGUCGAGUAAGCCAAGGUUUCUUCUGCUAUGGAGAGAGAGAUCCCCGUCUUACGAGUUCGGUCCCAAUUAAUGGAUUCUGACAUGGAUUAUGAAAGGCCAAACGUAGAAACUAUCAAGUGUGUUGUGGUUGGGGACAACGCAGUGGGCAAGACCAGGCUCAUUUGUGCCCGUGCUUGUAAUGCCACACUGACUCAGUACCAGCUUCUUGCUACCCAUGUGCCCACAGUCUGGGCCAUUGACCAGUAUCGUGUUUGCCAGGAGGUAUUGGAGCGCUCUCGAGAUGUGGUAGAUGAUGUUAGCGUGUCCUUGAGGCUUUGGGAUACCUUUGGAGACCAUCACAAGGACAGGCGCUUUGCUUAUGGAAGAUCUGACGUUGUAGUAUUAUGCUUCUCCAUUGCUAACCCCAACUCCUUACACCAUGUGAAGACCAUGUGGUACCCAGAGAUCAAGCACUUCUGCCCCCGAGCUCCUGUCAUCCUUGUAGGCUGCCAGCUUGACCUUCGCUAUGCUGACCUGGAAGCAGUAAAUCGAGCUAGGCGACCUUUAGCCAGACCGAUCAAACCAAAUGAAAUUCUCCCUCCAGAGAAGGGGCGAGAGGUGGCCAAAGAGCUGGGGAUUCCUUAUUAUGAGACCAGCGUCGUGGCCCAAUUUGGCAUUAAGGAUGUCUUCGACAAUGCCAUCCGAGCUGCCCUCAUCUCCCGCCGGCAUCUCCAGUUCUGGAAGUCUCACCUGCGUAAUGUCCAGAGGCCAUUGCUCCAGGCCCCUUUCCUGCCCCCCAAGCCACCCCCACCCAUCAUCCUUGUUCCUGACCCUCCUUCCAACAACGAGGAGCGUCCAGCCAACCUGCUGGAGGACCCCUUGUGUGCGGAUGUCAUCCUGGUGUUGCAAGAGAGAAUCAAAAUCUACGCGCAUAAGAUCUACCUCUCCACCUCCUCCUCUAAGUUCUAUGACUUGUUCUUGAUGGACCUGAGUGAGGAGAGCCAGCAGAGGAUGGCAGGAAGCGGCACCGGGGCUGGUGUUGCUGAGCGGACCCUCCAUCAGGAAGAGAGGCAUCACCAUGGCCGGGAAUUCCUUCUGAGAGCUGCUAGUUUUGAUAUCUGUGAGAGUGCUGAGGAAGCUGGCUCCGGCCAGCAAAAACCGUGCCUUAGAGCCUCCACCAGCGAUGGGAUAUUGCGGGGCAAGAACUAUGGGGAACGAGGGCUGAAACGGGGGCGGAUCCUCUCCUCUUGGAGCCGUGCCUUUGUCAGCAUCCAGGAGGAGAUGGCAGAUGACCCCAUGACGUACAAGCCCCGACUUAUGGUGGUGGUGAAGAUGGACCCUUCCAUCCAACUGGGGCCCUUCAGGGCUGUGCUCAAAUAUCUGUACACAGGAGAGCUGGACGAGAAUGAGAGGGACCUGAUGCAUAUUGCCCACAUUGCUGAGCUGCUAGAAGUCUUUGACCUCAGGAUGAUGGUGGCCAACAUCCUGAACAAUGAGGCAUUCAUGAAUCAGGAGAUCACCAAAGCCUUCCACGUCAGGAGAACCAACCGGGUUAAGGAGUGUCUGGCCAAGGGGACUUUUUCCGAUGUCACCUUUAUGCUGGAUGAUGGUGCUAUCAGUGCCCACAAGCCCUUGCUAAUCUCCAGUUGUGACUGGAUGGCUGCUAUGUUUGGGGGUCCAUUUGUGGAGAGCUCAACUCAAGAGGUGGUGUUACCUUACACCAGCAAGAGUUGCAUGAGGGCAGUGCUGGAGUACCUGUACACGGGGCAGUUUUCUUCCACAUCAGACCUUGAUUACAUGAAGCUUAUCAUCCUUGCCAACCGCCUGUGUCUGCCACACCUAGUUGCACUGACAGAACAGUUCACGGUGUCUGGUCUGAUGGAAGCAACUCAGAUGUUAGUGGAUAUUGAUGGUGAUGUCCUUGUGUUCCUGGAGCUGGCUCAGUUCCAUGGUGCCUACCAGCUGGCCGACUGGUGCCUCCAUCACAUCUGCACCAACUACAACAACAUCUGCCGCAAAUUUCCUCGAGAGAUGAAAGCAAUGUCAGCAGAGAACCAGGACUAUUUUGAGAAGCAUCGGUGGCCCCCCGUUUGGUACCUGAAGGAGGAGGACCACUAUCAGAGGGCCAGGAAGGAGCGUGAAAAGGAAGACUACCUCCAUCAGAAACGGCAGCCUAAGAGGAGGUGGCUCUUCUGGAAUGCCUCCUCCCCCGCCCAGUCCCCUUCCUCAUCAGCAGCCACAGCUUCAUCUUCCUCUUCCUCCUCCUCCUCUGCUGUGGUCUGAGGGAUGCGCUGCCCCUACACACACACACACUCCUCGAUCUCUCUUGAGAGAUGGGAGCCUGCCACCCUGGCCAACGUCCAGCUUGACAGGCUUAGAGAGGACACCACCAGCUAAAACCCUCAGUGGAGAAAACAAGCAUGAAUGUCCCUGGGAGGUUGGCAAGAACCUGUACAGGUGGAGCUCAGGGUCUGGAGCAUCCUACAUCUUCACCCAGAGCUCUCUCCAUAUGGUCCCAGUCCUUGCCUCAGUUAGUGUUGGUGCACAGCCAUUGGAGGCUGCCCAGGUGAAAUGUCAGGAAAGCCAGUUUUCUUUAGAAGAGGUUCACUCAUCUAGGUGGACACACACCUCACGUUUACAGGAAUGCAAGAGGUUUACUUUGAAAAUCUGUUACGAGGAAAAUUCAGCAGUUCAUUGAUUUAAGGAGGGUUCCUGCACCUUUGCAAAAAUCAAAAAAGAAAUAAUUGGGUGUCUCACGCUGUCUGCCCCUCUGUACCAUGUCAUUUCAAGCUGCUGAAGACAGGCGCUGUGCCCCAGAAUUUUCUGGGCUUUUCAUGACAAGGUGAUCAUUUUUCUGUUGCACGUCCACCCCUGGGGCUUAGCUCUAGGAUGUUUGCUAGCAGCAAGGCACAGGUCCUGGGAGCAUUAAACAGCUGUAGACCCUCCUCAUGAGAGGCAGGCCCUGCUAGAGGAGGCAUAGGCCAACAGAUGCUUCAGUUCUGCACUGAGACUGAAUUGCAACAGGAAAAAAGUCCUACUGGAACACAGAACAUGCCUGCUGUGGCUGGAAAGAUACUGUUUUCUUUCUUUCUCUCAUUGUUUGCACACUACAAGUUACCAGGUUGGCUAGCCCAAUGAGAGCAAGUUAAGAAGGUUGGCAAGGGAGUCUCUUCCAUCCUGGCCUGUGCUGGCCACGAUGUUUGGGAAUGUGCUGCUUCUGAAAGAAUAGGAAACUCUCAACAGUUGACACUGUUUUUAACGAAGCAAACCAAUACACCAACUUGGAUUUUAGUGUGCAAGGUUGUGUUGUAAUAAAUGGUAUUUUAAAAAGA